GUAGGUCUGAUUUGGCAGCUCUAAAGGUGAACAAAAGGAUCCUGGCUUUGGCGAGAGCAGGAGGAAGUUGGAGGGGGCCUCGGCCCCAUGCAAACCAGAGCAGACUUGUUACCGAUGCUCCUGGGUGGCUGUUCUGCGGGGGCCUCUCUCCCCUGGUUGAUGGAUCAGCUCUGUGCAAAGCCUGCAGACGGGGCCUGGGAUGAGCUGAUGAACUGCAAAGCGGGGUGGUUCUCAUGCGUGUCUGGAAGACAGGCCACAGGAAAGAGGAAGAGUAUUUUUCUGGGCUACUGCUGAGUCAGAAAAACUUAGCUCCCAAAUGGACUGUACCAAGAGGUCUUACCUGGCUGGAAACUGAUUCACAGCACAGCAAAGAGGCCGUAGCUAUCGCUCUUGAGUGCUGCCUGGAUCGUGUUACUGGAGUCAAGUGUGAGAAACUCAUAAAAGAUGCAGCAGCUUCUGGGUGCAUGAAAGCCCCUGCUGUGACACCUUCUCGUGCUCCCCGAAGGGCAUCUUUUAUCCGGGCCUGAACCAUGAGGAAGGCUUUCUCCCACCUUCUACUCUGCCCAGUAUUUUUCAUGAGGUCUGUGGAAAAGAGCCUGUGAGUGGACAUUAUACAAAGGAAAGAAGAGAGCUAUAUGUGACUUCGGGCAACUGUAUCAGUCUGGGCAGGAAACAGCUGCCAUUGUCAAAUCCGGUCAUUGAAAACAGUUUGCAAAAAGAGGCCAUUCCCAAAGGCACCUGUACUCUGAGGUGGACGCUGAUCACUGCUCGGUUGGCCCAGGGAGCUGCUGGAUUCACCCACAAGGUGUGAGAACUGCAGGGCUGGUGCUGCUUUGAGAGCCGUAGGCAACACUUAAAAAGGUUUGUGGAUGGCACCAAGAAGAUCUUGAUUUGCUCCAGAGGAAAUACUGUAUCCCCGGGGUUGGUUUCCUGUGCUCCUGCCCUGCCCUGCUGCCCAGCUGACCAUGAACCUGUCAGACCCCGCUGAUGAACCGGACCUCAGCCCUGCACCCCUAUGUGUGGUGUGUGGCCAAGCCCACUCCCCCGAGGAAAACCACUUCUACACUUACCCAGAAGAGGUGGACGAUGACCUCAUUUGCCACAUCUGCCUGCAGGCACUGCUGGACCCUCUGGACACUCCCUGUGGACACACGUACUGCACAGUCUGCCUCACCAACUUCCUGGUGGAGAAGGACUUCUGCCCCGUGGACCGCAAGCCUGUGGUCUUGCAGCACUGCAAGAAAUCCAGCAUCCUGGUCAACAAGCUCCUCAACAAGCUGCUGGUGACCUGCCCAUUCACCGAGCACUGUGAGGAGGUGCUGCAGCGCUGUGACCUGGAGCAUCACUUUCAAACAAGCUGUAAAGGUGCCUCCCACUACGGCCUCACCAAAGACAGGAAGAGGCGCUCCCAGGAUGGCUGUCCCGACGGCUGUGCCAGCCUCACGGCCACAGCGCUCUCCCCAGAGGCUUCUGCAGCUGCCACCAUCUCCUUAAUGACAGACGAGCCUGGCCUAGACAACCCUGCCUACGUGUCCACAGCGGAGGACGGUCAGCCAGCCACGGGGCCCCUGGACUCUGGCCGGAGCAACCGAACGCGGGCACGGCCCUUUGAGCGAUCCACCAUCAGAAGCAGAUCUUUUAAAAAAAUAAACCGAGCUUUGAGUGUUCUUCGAAGGACAAAGAGUGGAAGUACAGUUGCCAACCAAUCCGACCAGGGCAGAGAGGAUUCUGAAAACACCACCGCCCCUGACAUCUUUCCAAGGUUGUAUCACCUGAUUCCAGAUGGUGAAAUUACCAGCAUCAAGAUCAAUCGCGUGGAUCCCAAUGAAAACCUCUCCAUUAGGCUGGUGGGAGGCAGCGAAACCCCCCUGGUCCAUAUCAUUAUCCAGCACAUUUAUCGUGAUGGGGUGAUUGCCAGAGACGGCCGGCUACUGCCAGGAGACAUCAUCCUAAAGGGCCCCUUCCGGCAGGUCAAUGGGAUGGACAUCAGCAACGUGCGUCACAGCUACGCCCUGCGCCUCCUGCGGCAGCCGUGCCAUGUGCUGCGCCUGACAGUGCUGCGGGAGCAGAAGUUCCGGAGUAGGAAUGACACGCCGCCCCUGGACACCUACGGGCCCCGGGAUGACAGUUUCCAUGUGAUCCUCAACAAAAGCAGCCCCGACGAGCAGCUUGGCAUAAAACUGGUGCGCAGGGUGGAUGAGCCUGGGGUGUUCAUUUUCAACGUGCUGGAUGGUGGUGUAGCGGACCGCCACGGUCAGCUGGAGGAGAACGAUCGGGUAUUGGCCAUCAAUGGACAUGAUCUUCGGUACGGCAGCCCGGAAAGCGCCGCGCAUCUGAUUCAGGCCAGUGAAAGGCGCGUUCAUCUCGUCGUGUCCCGCCAGGCUCAGCAGCAGGGUCCUGACAUCUUUCAGGAGGCGAGCUGGAGCAGCAACGGCAGCCAGUCCCCAGGGCCGGGGGACAGGAGCAACACUCCCAAGCCCCUCCAUCCUGGGGUCACUUGUCACGAGAAGGUGGUAAGUGUCCGAAAAGAACCCAGCGAAUCCCUCGGCAUGACCGUCGCAGGGGGAGCAUCGCACAGGGAGUGGGAUUUGCCAAUCUAUGUCAUCAGUGUUGAGCCCGGAGGAGUCAUAAGCAGAGAUGGAAGAAUAAAAACAGGUGACAUUCUGUUGAAUGUGAACGGGAUUGAACUAACAGAGGUCAGCCGGAGCGAGGCAGUUGCUUUAUUGAAAAGCACAUCCUCCUCGGUGGUACUUAAGGCUUUGGAAGUCAAAGAAUAUGAGCCCCAGGAAGACUGCAGCAACCCAGCAGCCCUGGACUCCAACCACAACAACACAGCCCCACCCGGCGACUGGUCCCCCUCCUGGGUCAUGUGGCUGGAAUUACCACAGUACCUGUAUAACUGUAAAGAUGUUGUAUUACGAAGAAACACAGCUGGAAGUCUGGGCUUCUGCAUUGUAGGAGGUUACGAAGAAUACAAUGGGAACAAACCUUUCUUCAUCAAAUCCAUUGUGGAAGGAACACCAGCAUACAAUGAUGGAAGAAUUAGAUGUGGGGAUAUUCUUCUUGCUGUAAAUGGUAGAAGUACAUCAGGAAUGAUACAUGCUUGCUUGGCAAGGAUGCUGAAAGAACUUAAAGGAAAAAUUACUCUCACUAUUGUUUCUUGGCCUGGCACUUUUUUAUAGAAUCAAUGAUGGAUCACAGAAAAACAGGAAAUCACAAAUAAGCUAAGUUGAAACACUGUAUUUAUCUUGUCAAUUUUUGUAUUUGAAGGCUAUAUUGUAAAAAUGUGAAUUUUAAUGUCAGGAAAAGUAUGAUCUAAUGAAAGCCAGUUACAUCUUGAGAAAAUAUUAAUUCUCAAGACAAAACAUUACUAAUAAUUUCUAUUCACUGUAGAGAAUUUCUCAUUACUCUACAACUUUUAAGUUUAUAUUUUUCUAUUCAAUAAAAAGCUCUCAAACAGCUGAUGUGGUCUGUAUGACCCCACUGAAUUCAAAUCCCCCCAGUUAAAUUAACAAUCUGGUAUAUGCUAAGGUCUCUGCAAAAGGUACAAUCUGGACAUUUUAAAAACAAUUUCUGGACAGAGGAUUUUUAAAGUGCAUUGCUGGAAAAUGUUCAUGAAAUGAGAAAUAAAUAUUUUUCAAAAAUUA